AUGGCUGAUAGAUACUCAUUUUCGCUAACAACAUUUUCCCCUAAUGGUAAGCUGGGACAGAUCGACUAUGCCUUCACCGCUGUAAAGCAAGGUAUCACAUCGAUAGGAGUUAAGGCUACUAAUGGUGUAGUCAUUGCAUCAGAGAAAAAGUCCUCAUCGCCACUUGCCCUCACUGAAACGCUAUCGAAAAUCUCUCUAAUAACUCCAGAUAUAGGCGCUGUUUACUCUGGUAUGGGACCUGACUAUAGAGUUUUAAUCGACAAAUCCAGAAAAGUGGCCCACACGCAUUAUAAAAGAAUAUAUGGCGAGUAUCCUCCAACGAAACUACUUGUUUCCGAGAUUGCGAAGAUCAUGCAAGAGGCUACGCAAUCUGGGGGUGUUCGUCCAUUUGGUGUGUCCUUACUUGUUGCUGGGUAUGAUGAACACAGUGGAUAUGGACUAUAUCAGGUUGAUCCAUCUGGUUCGUACUUCCCAUGGAAGGCAACUGCUAUCGGGAAAGGCUCAGUAGCGGCAAAAACAUUUUUGGAGAAGAGAUGGAACGAUGAACUCGAAUUGGAAGACGCCAUUCAUAUUGUUCUAUUAAGUCUAAAAGAGUCUGUGGAAGGUGACUUCAAUGGAGAUACGAUCGAACUCGCAGUUAUUGGUGAAGAGAAUAAAGAUUUGCUUGGUUACACCGGUAUUCCAACCGACAAGGGUCCGAGAUUUAGAAAAAUGUCUGCACAAGAAAUCAAUGAUAGACUAGAUGCAUUGUGA